AUGUCGGUUUCAUACCAAGCCAGGCAGCAGAUCCCUUCGGAGCAUUGUGCAUUGAUACGUCAAGGCAAAUACCUGUUGGAGAUCGACAACCACCCCAAUUUAACGCCUAUUAACAAAGAAGGCCGCUUGAAUGUUGGUAAUUUCAGCGGGAAUGCAUUCAUCCUGGCUCAGAUCGGGGAGGAGGGCCGAAAGAUCGGGGUCCUUAACGACUGCCUCAGGUUUGAACGGGAGGGCGAGGCGAUUUCUGGGCAUCGGCUCAUAGUAAACGCUCCAGUCUCGGUACGCGACCACAACAAUGCAGUUAGUAAUCGCCCCGGCGUCUUUCAUGAUAACGACGACGAUGACGACGAUGACGACGAUGAUACUGAUAACGACGAUGCCAAUAGCAACAAGCCCAACGGCAGUAACCUCAACCCCAAACUUAACAGCCAACCCCCGCCGUCCAAUAGCAAUUUGGUAGGCCGAGUUGAAGAAUUGGAAAGGCAACUCCGGCGACUCUCAAUCCCAGUCCCUGAUAAUAGCUUGGCGCAUCGAGUCCAAGAACUGGAGGGUCAACUCAAGCGACUCUCAAUCCCAGUCCCUGAUAAUGGUUUGCCGCAACGGGUCCAAGGAUUGGAGGAUCAGCUUAGGCGCUUUUCGCCCCUUGUCCCGGAUAACAAUUUGAUGGGUAGGGUCAGCACUUUGGAGAGUCAAAUUAGGUCUGCAGCGCGAUCGGAUAGCCUCUCAGUUGUGGAUGCUGGGUCAUACACAACCCCGUAUUUACCUGGUCAGAGAAGGGAGUAUCGGAUCAACUUUGCGAAGAGAUUCCAACGGCCUCCAUCUGUGGUAACGAGUAUCUCUAUGGCAGAUGUAGAUAGAGGUGCCAACCUUCGAUUGAGGGUCCGGGCGCAGAAUGUGGAUUCGAACGGGUUUACGCUUUUUGUUGAAGCUUGGGCUGAUACUAGGCUCUACCAAUGUACUGUGUCCUGGGUCGCUCUUAGUGGAUGA